ACAGCUGGAGAAGUAAAGCCUCAGCCCUUCCUAGGCAAGGGGGUGUAGAGAGGUGGGCUGCUGGUAGGGUGGGGGAGGUGGCUGCUCCUCUUAGGCCCACAGCAGAACAGAGAACUGGGAACCUGUGUGACGGAGGCUCCCUCUGCCAGGACAAGGUGUUGGGGUAUGAGGGUGGGUGGGGGCCUGAAGGGUGGCUUGGAGCCCUGGCGGUGGCUGCCUGACGUCACCGGCCUCUCUGGCAAUAGGCUGGGAGCUGAGCUCCCCGAAGCAGCGGCGAAGGCGGUGGCAGCGGCGGCAGCGCCGCUCGGUCUCUUGCCCCUUCACUCCGCGCUUUCUGCAGCCAGCACUGCAGCCGCGCGGCGGGGGCUCCCUACCUACAGCCAGCUGGCGGCUCCAGCCUGGUGCCUUUUCGCGAACGAAAAAGGGAGCGCGGAGUCGCGUUCGAGGCGGAACCAGAGAGGAUCUCCUCGGCGCCACCCGCUCCCUGGCCAGCUUGCUUGCCAACAGCUGAUCCCUCAGUCCUUGGCUCGCGCGCACACCCCCUCCCGAGUCCGGGAGUAGUUUCGGGUGGCGGGGGCUCCAUCCUCUUCUUGGCUGGUGGGAACCGUGAGCCCAAGAGAGGAAGCCUGGUGGGCUUGGCCCCUGCCAGCCCAGCGCUGAUGAGUGCCCGGGCGCCGAAGGAGCUGAGGCUGGCGCUGCCGCCGUGUCUCCUCAACCGGACUUUUGCUUCCCCCAACGCCAGCGGCAGCGGCAACGCUGGAGCGCGCGGCCCGGGCGCAGGCGGCGGCGGCGGCGGCGGCGGUGGCGGCACCUGCAUCACGCAGGUGGGACAGCAGCUCUUCCAGUCCUUCUCCUCCACGCUGGUGCUGAUUGUCCUGGUCACCCUCAUCUUCUGCCUCAUCGUGCUGUCCCUCUCCACUUUCCACAUCCACAAGCGCAGGAUGAAGAAGCGGAAGAUGCAGAGGGCUCAGGAGGAAUAUGAGCGGGAUCACUGCAGCGGUAGCCGCAGCAGCGGGGGGCUCCCCCGGGCAGGCACGCAGGCCCCAAACCACGCUAAAGAAACCCGGUUGGAGAGGCAGCCCCGGGACUCUGCCUUCUGCGCCCCCUCCAACACCGCUUCCUCCUCCUCCUCCUCCUCUUCCACCUCUUCCUCCUCCUCCUCCUCCUCUUCGUCCCCUGGCCUCCCCUGCCAGGGCCCCUGUGCUCCUGAACCUCCACCACCAGCCCCAAGUCCACAAGGAGCACAGGCAGCCUCCUCCUGUUUGGACCCAACUGGCGAGGGCCUUUUGCAAACGGUGGUACUGUCCUGAUUGUCUAGCCCCUCUCCUCUCCCCCUCCGCGUUUCCAGCAUCUUUGCCAUCCUUGCUUUUUGUCCUUCCUUCCUUUUCCAUUUUCCUCUGACCUCUCCUUCCUCUUCCUUCUCUCCUUACCUUCUUUCCUUUACUCCGUUUCUCCUCCGCCGAGGCACUGUGCGGUAUUUGUAAAUAUUGGGCUAGGAAAGUCUCGGAAGAAGAAAUAACGCUGAUAAUAAUCCUUUAUUAAUAUUUAUAGUAAUUAUUAUAAUAUUAAUAACACAAUCCAAGCGCAUGACAAAUCACAUAAUUUCUCAUUGUUAAUGAAGGAUGCAUUUUUUCCCUCCCUGUACCGCGCCCCCCUCAAUAAGGAGGAGAAACCGCACAAACUACCAAAUAUAUAAAAGGCAUUGACCCCUGGAGCAAAGGGAGGGGAGCGGGCCCUGCAAUGUUGUACAUAGCUGUCAAGUUAAGGUUUAGUUACUUUCCUUCCCCUCUGCCCCUGGCUCCAGCUUUCACUUUUCCUUUAGCUUCCCUUCCCUCCCCAUGCUCACCUUCAGCCGGGCUCAGGCAAUAGUAUAUUAUAAAGAAAACGUCAGCAGUAAGCACCAGGACUCCAAGAGGCCACAGAGAAAGUCCCAGAAAAAUGCUCAUUACAGGUACCCCCUCCAGUCAACCCUCUUCUCAGCUUUCUUUGUUAACCGUGACCUUUUCCAGAACUGAUCAUUCUAAUUUACGCUGAGAAAUGUCUCUCGCUGGCCGAGUAUAAGUACCUUAGAAUCUUUAAGUGAGUUUUAAAAAUUAUGGCUUUGCUCCCUAUCCUAACCCCACUCAUACACCUUUGACUCAUGGCAUUUUCAGGAUUCAGAGAAUCUGGGAGCUGUCCAACUAGGUCUGGUGCUGAAAUCGCCUCACCAUAAUGGUUACCUUCUCCUCAGGUGGAGGAGGAGCUGUUUAGGAAAGUGACUAUAGUCCUAUUGCUUUUGAUUGUUUUUUCCUUUUUUUCUAUAAUCAGGUUAGCGUGUACAAUUGGUUUUCUUAUUAUUACACAUUGCAUUAAUUACCUUUUUUUGUAAAAAAAAAAUGUUAGGUGAUGUGCAGUACAGAAAGUGCAGUAUCUAACCAACCAGAAUGUUUCUGUUUUAAUUUUAGAACAAGUGCACCUUUGUUAUAGAUUUAUUAUAUUGGUACCAAAUACGGAAGAAAAAUAUAGUUCUGUACUACAUCCUCCAAACUGUAUAUCCUUGCUCUUAAUUUCCAGCUGUUGUUAUGAUAUAAUAAUUACCACUAGAUGAAGAAUUUGGUGGUGCAGACCUGGCUUCUGCUGUUUCCAAAAGUGUUCUUUUGUACCUUACUCUAUAGUAGACUGUUAUAAAAAGAUGACACACAUGUUUUCUUUUGCAAAUAAUAGAAAUAACCACAAAGACAGUAAACAUAUAAUGGAUGUGCAGGAAUGCCAUCUAUUAAAAUAUGGUUAAUAUUUAAACAGUGCCUGCAUGUAGUUACCACCUGGAGGCAGUGGUGUGUGUGCUUGCUUACGUGUUUGAGGGUGAGACUGGUGGGGGUGUUGGGCAAUUUGUGUGACAGGACAUGCAAAUUUUAAGAGAAGUUAAAUCUAGUAACUACUUAUAAAGAUUUUUGAAGCUUAUUAAUUUAAAAAUUUGUGCCUGCAUUUGAGAUGCAGCAGAAAAAGGACUCUCUUUCUCUUUCUGAGUCUGGCUUAGUUAACUUUGUUGAACACUUGAAAAAAUUUAAGGCAAAAGGAAAGUGAGAGAUGGAGAUAGAUGUUUUCUUCUCUGUCUCCUAAUGCCAGACAAGGCCAUCUGUGUUGGAAAUGGAGUCUUCCUGUGGUUAUCUACCACUGUGUUUCUGCUGGAUGGAUGAUAGAAGGGGUAGAAAGCAUAUUACAGUCUUAAUUAUAUGCAAUGGCAUCUUUUCAUAGAAACCAACUCUCUGACAGCUAUUCAAAUGUUUGAAAAAUAUAUGAAUAUCAUGUACAAAAAGUGCAACUAAAAAAGUCCUUACUAUCCUGCAGGAGGUAAGGCAACAGUGCCCCUAAAAUAUAUCUUCCCAAAUGAAUCAUUGCUCUGUAUUCUAUGUCUGUUCCACGCAUAUGCUGUAUUCUCCAGAAAGAAUAUUGCCUCUGAUGUUUUUUGUUAUCUAUUAAGUUGCCCAAGCUCAGUCUUUAUAUAAAAAUAAUUAAAAAAUUAAUUUUAGUCAUUCAUUGGAUAUGCACCCAAGUCCUUUCAUGAAGCACAGAAAAAUUAACAUUUAAACGUGCCAUGUUGCUAUACUAGGAAGACCAGGUAUAAUCUUUGGCUACAAUAUUUUAAACAAUGAACCAGAUUCUCUCCAGUGCCUUAGUCACUUCCUAGUAAUAGAUGAAAGAGUGCAUUAACUCUAUCAGGCCACUAGGGAAUCCUUUAGUGCAUCAGAGCUCUACAUUGUACACCAGAAUGACUAAGGCACUGUGAGAAAGAAAGUCCAUUAGUUUUUGUAGCUCACCCACAUCCAGCUAUAGUUCUUUAAUAUCUUAUUACAGAAUGACUUUUGGACUGGAAUUUGAAUAGAUUUAGGGACCCAGAAGGGAGCUUCCUUAUUUUCAAUAAGCUCCAGUAAAUGCAUGAAUAUUACUUUCUUUCCCUUAUUUGGUGCACUUUUACAGUGAAUAAUUUCCCAUUUUAUUAAAGCAAUAAGAUGUUCUGUGUGAGCAGUUCUGGAUGAUGAUUCCAUUUCCUUGGUGCUGAAGCUACUCAUAUGUUCUUGCCUUAUGAAUCAUAAUGCAUUCAAGGCAUGCAAUAAUAAUCCCCUUACAAGGAGCAGCCUGUAAUUCUGGGGCAGGGGGGUAAUGUCCUUUGUCAUUUUCUCCCCAGAGGGAUAGAAACAGCAAGAGAAAUAAAAUAAUUAUGCAUAUUGUAAGAGCGAUAAGGGGGAGGGGGGAAGGAGGGAGGGAGGGAGAGAGAGAGAGAGAGAGAGGUCUUGAUACCUUUAAAUGUGGGCACACAUCUGUAAUAUGCUUCUAUUGUGCACCUUUAAAUGUGUAUGGCUUUCUCCAUUAGUUAGCUCUGGUUUACUAUUUUUAAUAGUACCCUAUGUAAAGAUAAUGCAGUUUGUGAGUUUGAUUUCAUGCUGAGGUUAAUAUACUAAGAACCCUAAACUUCUGCAAGUAUCAUUUGAGACUUUCUCCACACCAAAUUAUGGCAAUAAGCACAUAUCCAAGCAAUCUGUACAGAUCCUGUUUAAAGCAUUGCUUCUUACAGAACUCAUUUUAUAGUCUCAAGAGUUUGGGAUACUACCAACAGAGCAUUUAGAUUUUCAUUUAUAUAGAAAAAAUGACAAUCUGGAAAUAACUAAAUUUAUUUUAAGGAUUUUAUUCACUGAUGUCCCGUCAAACUAAUUGCUUCAAACCCCUAAAGCUCCAGCUCAACUUCUGCAUUUGCUAUUAAAUAUUAAUAAGGUGGCAUGCUUGAUUCUUAUUGUUUUUUUAAGAUGGGAGAAAUGGAGAGAAAAUGCCAUUAUGUCAGCUGUAUGAGAUUUUGAAUCUUAAAGAAGUAGAUGGAUAUAACCUUUAGAAUUUAUAUACACCCAUAUAUAAUGUAUUUAUAUAUGCAUACAUUUUGUACAAAUUUACAAUGGACUUUUUGUAUUCUCUUUUCUGUCAUUACAAGAAUGAGAUAGAAACCAAAUAGUUGUUCCACCCUCUUAUCCAGAGAGGAUACUGAGAAGUCAGGUAUGUGCAUGCACUUAUUUCUCUGAGUCAAAUCUGAAUGACUUUCUCUUUGUUUAGUGAAAGAGGAGAGUCCUGGUUGACUAAGGAAACUGAUAAUUGGACAAGCUUCCUUUCUUAGGAUCAUGACUGAAAUGUUAUAGUGAAAAUGAAAUUAUGGGCAUUUCAAUGCGGUCCAAAUGUCUAAAUGAAAAGCAAAAAUUUUCAGGAGAAGUUUAGGGCCAAUCUAAACCACAAACCUGAUUGUGUUUUGUUUUUUAAUUUCAACAUAUAUUUUGUGUGCAGAUGAAACAUAUCUGUAUAGCUAAAGGUAAAGUGAAAAUAUGAUUAUUACAUUAUUUAAUUUUGUUUAAAUUUUUUUGAAAAUAUGGAUAAAUUAGCUUUUAAAGUUCUUGGCAUCUAACUUUCUAACAUUUCUAUAACUGUUAAUUUAAUUAAUUAGAUAAUGGUUACAAUUUCAUUUUACCAGUGUAAAAAUAUAUGCUUUAAAUGCUUUUCUGUGGGUGACAGUUGAGUAAUUGCUAGCUGAUUUUACAUGGAAAUUAUACAUUAAAUAAGAACCAGAAAAACUAAAUUGAAUCGGGUCAGGCUCCUCAGGUCCAUUACCAUGUGAAUCUGGAAUUUUAAUUAGAAUAGUAGAAGCGCUUAUCUGGGCCACUCUUUUCUUGGACUAGUGAUUAUGGAUCACAGAUGUUUCAAAUCAUAUUAGAAUGAAUUGCUCUUUCGAUAGGAGGGUGUUUAAUCACUGGACUGAAUGUAAAUCUGAUUCUGGUUUGUUUUUUUAUUUAUCUGGUAAUAUUUGAGAAACGGCUUAUAAGGCUUGAUAUAGAUGCCAAUUGUCACCAAUUUAAUAAUACAAUUGGUGCCAUGUAGGAAUACUUAUCUGAGAAUAAGAAUUUAAUUAAUUUCAACCGGAGACAAUACUUAUCAAGGUGGCCCUACCUGUUUGAGGCAGAGAUAUUUGCCUGACACUUGUGAUUACACUGGGUUAUUUCUCUGGAGACACAAACAACAACAGCAGCAGCAGUGACAGUGACAACUACAACAAAAAUAACUACAGAAAUAACUGAUUUUUGAACUUGAGUAUAUUCAAUAGAGAGAAUAAAACAAAUACUAGAAUUCAUGGAAAAUUUGUUUUGCUUUUCUAUCAAUAAAAAAGUUUUCUUGCUAA